GCAACCAGAGAAAUUUCUUCAUUGUGUCUUAACGAUGCAAUUGUAUGUAUUGCAACCAUUUAAUUUUAUUUGCUGCAGCUAUGCAGGGAGUUAUUUUUAUGGCUUCGAAUUACUUUUAGCUGGGAUUUGGUUCUGGCGCAUGUUUGACUAUGUCUUUUGGGCCGAGAGCAGUAAUAUGCUACAUUUGUGGCAGAAAGUAUGGUACUGCAUCUAUCAAAAUACAUGAACCUCAAUGCCUCAAGAAAUGGCACAUGGAGAAUAACGAGUUACCAAGGAACAUGCGUCGUAAUACACCUAUUCGACCUAUUGGAUUUGGUGAGUUUAACAAUAAAGGGCCAUUACUUAGCAAACAAAUUGAUGCAAUGAAUGAGCUUUCUUAUGAAAGCUCUAAACAGCAACUUUUACCAUGUGAAAACUGUGGUCGUACAUUUCUACCUGAUCGAUUGCCGGUUCAUCAACGAAGUUGCAAACCUGGCAAAGUUGCUAAACGAAGCCACUAUCCUAAUGGUAUUAGUAGCCAUUCUAAUAUAUUUGACCAUAAACAACAGCUCAGCCAACCUGCUAAGCCAAAGACAGUGGUAUGCUACAUUUGUGGCAGGGAAUUUGGAGUAGCAUCAAUCUCUAUUCAUGAAGCACAAUGUCUUAAGAAGUGGAAGUUGGAAAACCAUCACCUACCAAAAAAUAUACGAAGACCCAUGCCAAUAAAACAUGAUCAUUUGCCAAGUUUAGCUGGUAGCAUGACCAGAGACAAAGAUCAGAAGAGCAUGCUUACCAAAAAGUCAUCAAAACAAGCAUUGUUACCAUGGCCCAGCUAUAGUCGGUCAUUUAAACCAGAGAGGCUGAGUGCUCAUUUAAAAUCAUUCAAACAAGAAAAUGGGUAUGAUGUAAGUUCUGCACCUCCACAAUUUCAUCCGCAGUCACCUUCAACACCACCUAAGAAUCAAAGAACAUACUCUAGUAGAAAUAGACUUAGAAAACCUUCUCAGUGGGACAUUGAUGAAAACACAAUGAAAAAGGGAAAUCCUUUAUUUAAUCAUAAAUCUUUAGGAAAUACUUCAAAAUCUAGUUUGCACAAUCCAAAUCCCAUUGUCAAAGAUCAAAAAAAGUCUAACAUUUACAAAAGCAAAUUAAAUUCUCAUGGAAAAGAUGUUCAAUCCUCCAAGAAGAAUACACCCAACAAUCUACACCAAAAUCAUUCAAAUUUUUCGGGAAAUACUUUUCUAGCAAUGAAAAGGAGUAAGUCUGUGGAUAAGGACUCUUACAUUCAUCCCAAGCAAACUGGUUUUAUUGACUCUGAUCCUCAUGAUUCUGAAAAACACCCAAAUGGGAAUGAUGAUCUUGUACCAUGUGAUAAUUGUGGACGUACUUUUGCAGCUGAUCGAGUGGAAAAACAUAUUAAGAUAUGUAACAGCAUGAAGCAGAGAAAAGUGUUCAAUGCUAGUAAACACCGUGUUCAAGGCACAGAAGCAGCAGCUUAUCAUAGACGUGGUAGAUCAUCAACAGGAAAACAAGGCAUUCCUAAAUCUAACUGGAGGAAAAAACAUGAGGAUUUUGUACAAGCUAUACGUGAAGCCAAGAAAGUUCAGAAUUAUAUGAAGAAAGGAGGGAAACUGUCUGAUCUGCCACCACCUCCACCAAGUGAAAACCCAGACUAUGUGUAUUGUAAACAUUGUACACGUCGCUUUGCCCCAGAGACUGCUGCACGUCACAUCCCAAAAUGUGCAGCAAUUAUGAAUAGACCUGCUCCACCUAAACAGCGAGCUGUACCUUUGGGGGUAAGGCAGACAAAUGGUGUAACCCAGGCCAAUGUUCAAGAAAAAAGACUUAUUAAAACAAGAAGAAUGCUAAGGUGACCAUAUGCUUAAUAACUAAAUUAUUUCAAUUUGCAUUUUGAACAGAAAUUAAUUGCUUAGCAAAGCUUCACUGCAUCAAGAUAUUAUUUAAGAUACUGUAUUGAUAAUUUAUCAAGACAACAUCUAAAACAAUUGUACAAGAAAUUAAUUAUUUAAAUAAGUUAAUAAUUUUUGCAAUUAAAAAACCACAUUAAGUA